AUGAGCAAAAUUUUCUGUUUUAUUUUUACAGUUUUAUUUCUCAAUGCGCAUGGCGUUGAAUAUGAUAUAUUCGUGCUCAAAAAACAUAAUGAAUAUAGAGAUAAGCAUAAUGUACCGCAUCUGAAGUUGGACAAGCGGCUCAGCGAAGAAUGUGCCGAUUAUGCCAAACAAUGCACAACUCAACAUGAAAGCGAGUAUUCGACAUCAAAUGGCAAAUAUUCCGAAAACUUGUGCACCCAUAAGGAAUCACGCGGAUCGUGUGAGGCCGAGUGGUACCGAGAAAGUUUUUAUUAUAACUAUGAACGUCCGAGAAUAUCAAAUACAACCAGAAGCUUUACGGCGAUGAUCUGGAAGAGCUCCACACACCUGGGCGUUGGAGUUAGCAAAACCGAUGGAGAGACAAUUACGGUUGUAAGAUAUCGGCCGCCUGGCAAUAUUUAUGGUCAGUUCAUCAAAAACGUACCACCACCCAAUAAAAGCAACAAAAUCAAGGUCUCUUUGCUGCUCUCACUUAUAAUUUGGAGUGGAGCUACGAUUUUGGAAAGUUUUCUGCAAGAUGUAGCUUUGGUGAGCCAAAGCCGUUCCACGGUAAAGAAAAUUCGCAAGCUGGGCGCAGCGUUUUUAAUUUAAUUAAAUGAAUUUUGAAUAUUUACUAAAUAUGUAGUCAAUUUAUUUGUUAAAGUAGAAAAAAAAUUAAUAAAAAUAGUAUAACUGAA